AUGUCAAAAAUACUACCGUUUGUUGAAGAUACGCAACCGCUGGUAGGAGAACACGAAAGGUCGGCUACUCCAAGCAUGUCAACGAUACUAAAUGAAAAUACCUCAUCGCACAAUACAUCAGCGGCCGAAACGAAGGAAAAUACACCCAGUACCAAUAGUAAUGGUAAUAAUAGAAAAGAAGGAGUUACGUCUCUUUCGUUUGACCAGGUUAAUGAUAAUGCUGACGAAUUAAUAGAACUUCGUGGUGAAGGAAGAUAUUUUGGGGUCACUGACCCAAGUUCUGGUACUACUAUUAACUCUUUGCAGAGCAUGGGCCCAUUAUGUGCAAAUUGCCAUAAAAGAGGUCAUAUAAGGGCCAAAUGUAAGACUGUUGUGUGUCACAAAUGUGGUGUUGUCGGUGAUCAUUAUGAAACUCAAUGUCCAACUACAAUGGUAUGUUCUAGAUGUGGAUUAAAAGGCCAUGUUGCCAUCAUAUGUAAAAAUAAGCUCAAGAAAAGACAAUAUUGUAAACAUUGCGAUACGUUUAAUCAUGGGGAUGACUCUUGUCCUAGUAUUUGGCGGUCAUAUUUAACUUUACCGACACCUAAAAGUGACGAUGAGAACGAUAACUACGAAAGCACAGUAUUGCCAGUGAUAUACUGCUAUAAUUGUGGAGAUGAUGAGCAUUAUGGGGACGAAUGUCCUGAACCUAGAACAUCAAGAAUACCGUGUAUAAACGGCAGUGCUUUUAGUGGAACCAACUUACCCAGGCAUUUAAGAUCGCUUUAUUUCGAUCGCAUGAAUUCCAGUAAACAGAACUCCCAUGCUCAGAAAAAGCUGCAAAACACCAAAUCCACUUACAGCAACAGCUACAGCAACGGAUACAGCAAUAACUACAGCAACAGCAAUAAUAGUAACCACGGAACCAAAGGCAACUACAACAAUGGUUCCUUUAGGAAUAACUUCAGUAGUUAUAAUGAUUACAACUACAAUUCAAAUGCAAAUUUUAACAGACAGCCUAUAGACAAGAACUUCAACGGUUAUUAUAAUAACCAGAAUAACAGCAAUAAUAGCCAUUCACAUUUCAAGCCUAAUUCAAGACAUCCCGCGAAGCUGGAUAAGCCUAAUCCAUCCAGAUCAGGUUUUAUACCCAAUUCAAGUUCAAAGAAAAACAAUAAAAAACCGACAAGAUCAGGUUUUAUAGAUAAAAAUAAAAACAAGGCUAAUAAAUCUAACUCUCUGCAUAAGCCCACAAGAUCAGGAUUAAUAGAAAGUAGUGGGAAUAGGGCCAAGAAACAAAGUGUAAAGAAUAUCAAGAAUUUAUAUUAG